AAUAGUGAGAGAGAUGGAUGAACGUACGUGCCUACAUGCCGGACAAAGACAGAUACGAAGUGCAGGGUAAUGGAUUUCGCCCAAUCAAAUUGUUUUGAAUUAUCGACUCGACUCCCGAUGCAGUUCAGCAACUCGUCGUCAAAUAUUCUCGUCGUCAAAUCCAUUGUUUACAUCUGAAAUUGGCUGCUUGGGCCUCGGAGUGCUCGGCUAGUUGCAAAUAGUACAAUGGAAUGGUCAAAAGACAAGACCCUAAAAUUAAUUGAACUUUUACAAGUUAAUGCUACUUUGUGGAAUCCAUCGUUGUGUGACUCGAGAAAGGAUAAACAGAAACGGAAAGAAGAGUUACGGGCAAUUUCUGAGCUCCUUGGUAUUCCUAUGCCAGACAUUACUAAAAAGAUUCAACAUUUACGAACCCAGUACAACAGGGAGUCUGCUAGAGAGGCUCGUGCAUUUGUUGAGGAUCCCAAUGAUAGAUACAUCAGCAAUUGGUAUGCAUUUGAGUAUCUUCAUUUCAUGAAGGACUCGAAUAAGCCGUACAGAAUAAUACAGUCUGAAUUGCAACAAGAAGUAAAUGGCAGUGUCACAUCACCAUCAGAUAAUUCAACUGCUGACUGGAAGAUAGUCAAUAUGUCGCCACCACACAAGGUGGCACGCACAGACUCUGGCAGUAUGAGACCCGAAGUCUACCCAUCAGUGUCUCAGUCAGUGUCAAGAGACGAGUUCUCAGUGUUUGGUGAAUAUGUAGCUAAUGAACUGCGGUCUCUAAAAGGGGAGAAAAAUUUACUUGUAGCCAAAAAGAAAAUUCAAGAUGUAAUAUUUGAUGUUAAAAUGGGUUUAAUAUGUGAAACAAAAACUGAGCAGAACACUCCAUGUAGUGUGUUCAACCAGUCUAGUCAACCCCAUACUACUUCAAAUUUAAGUGGAAAGUUAUAUACAGCACCUGUGAUGAGCACCACAACACAUCUGGAUCCUGCCUGCAACUCUCAAGGCGCCCCAUCCUCUGGGAUCAGUGAGAUUAUAAUCAACAGUGCAUGCCAUUACUCAAAUUUUAAAGUGGACAGUCAAUAGCAGUGCCAUCCACUUCCUAAUGAGGAAGUGGAUAAAGACCAGACAUAUACUAUUAGAAAUUAAAUAGGAUAAUAUUUAAUUUAAUUUAAUAAGUCCUAAUAUCUAUUUGUGUGAAAAAUGAAAUUACUUGUGUAUGUGAGGAUUGAUUGAGCCUGUUCUAGAAAUUAAUAAAUAUAUUUAACAACCAGUAAAAAGACGAAAACAAUUUUACAAUUUGUAAAGAAAUUAGACCAAAGAUAAAUAAUAUGAGCUCACUCAGUCCUCACAGUGGGUCCAUCGUAUCUGGAUUGUAUAAGUGUCCUAUUUUAUUAAAACCCCAUAAGUUAAGGGUCACACAUAUUUUUUGUUAUUUUUAGUUAUACCUUAUACAAAUCGUUGUUGUUAUCAAGUACAUUUUAAGUUAUGAAGUCAUAAUUAAAAAUUUACUUAAUAAAAUGA